AUGCAGGCACCACAUCCUACACCAGGGCAACCGGGUGUCCCUUUCUCAACGAGCUAUGCUGCAUUGGCUGUCGCUGUGGUGAUGCUGCUCGUCUCUCUACUGGUUCACGAACUCUCUGCAUACUCAAAACGGCGAUCUAUGCCGCCAGGGCCAUUCCGCUGGCCGCUGAUAGGAAACGCCCUGCAGGUGCCGCAAGUCCAUCCAUGGCUCACAUGUUCACGCUGGGCACGUGUGUACGGCGACAUAUUUUACCUCGACGCUCUCGGUCAGCAUAUAGUCGUGAUCAAUAGCGCUACGGUUGCGCGGGAACUGCUCGACAGGCGAUCGUCGAUCUAUUCCGGGAGACCGCAUCUCAUUAUGGCGGGAGACCUCGCAGGGUACGACAGGACGCUCAUCAUACUGCCCUACGGCGAUGAGUUUCGGCAACAACGACGGCUUAUAUCGCAGACCCUCAGCAUCUCCACUAUUGGGCAGUACCACAACAUUCAAGAAGCGGCCGCUCGUCGACUCGUUCUCGGGGUCAUUGAUGAUUCUAGCCCGCUCGAGGGCCAGAUUAAGAUGAAUAUAGCGAGCAUUAUCAUGCUCGUGACGUAUGGCUACACAGUCAAGAGCACAGAAGACGUAUUCGUUGAGAGGGCAAUCAAGGUCAUGGAGAAUUUCACCCUGGCAGAAAUGCCCGGAACAUGGCUAGUGGACAUGAUUCCUCAGCUCAAGUAUUUCCCGUCAUGGAUGCCGGGUUUAACGUUCCACAAGACAGCAAAGGCGUGGCGCAAGCUACUCUAUACAACCAGUAGAACGCUAUACCAGUGGAGCAAGGAACACUCGAACAACGGCACAGCGCACUUGCCUAAUCUGUGUGCGUCAGUCCUAGCAAACGCGGAUGGCAAGGCGACCCUUCAGCUGGAGGAAUCCCUUAUGUGGGUGGCACUUGCCGUUCUAUCAGGUGGCCUGGAUACGAAUAUCUCAACGAUUCUAUCGUUCAUUCUGGCCAUGUUGCAUUAUCCCGACGUGCAGAAGAAAGCGCAAGCUGAGAUCGAUGCUGUAGUGGGGAGCGAACGGCUCCCGCAAAUAUCGGACAGACCGUCGCUACCGUAUAUCCGAAGCCUGAUUGCUGAGGUAUACCGCUGGCUUCCCGCUGGUCCUCUGGGCGCCCCACACGCACUUGAUGAAGACGACGUCUAUGACGGUUACUUCCUACCCAAAGGCUCGAUAAUUAUACCGAAUGUGUGGUACAUGCUGCAUGAUCCCAACAUCUACCCCGAGCCGGACGUGUUCAAACCCGAGCGCUAUGGCGGUAGCGACAUCGAGAUGAAGAAAGUGACAGACAUCGCAUUUGGAUUCGGCCGGCGCGCAUGCCCUGGAUUCUAUUUCGCCGAAGGCACAAUAUUCUCAAUUGUCAUGACCGUGCUGGCGACGUGCGACAUAAUGCCCAUCGUCGACGAUCAUGGACAAGAGAUCAUUCCCGAUAUCAAAUAUCCAACGAAGGCUGUUCUCUGCCCUGAAGAUGUCAAAUGUAUAUUUCGGCCACGGUCAGAGAAAGCUAAAUCGGCGCUCAUCCACAGCACGACCAGUAUACUCUGA